UCUCUCUGGCGCAGCACCCCCCGCCACGCACCUGGCCGCCGGCGUAUAUAUGCGGCGAGGCGGCAGGGGCCUGGCACAGCCGCCGCAGACGGUCCUGUCCACACGGCAUCAGCGCGCAGCGGGGCCACCUCCGCUACUCCGGCGACAUGGCUCGUGCUCUCUGCCUCGUGGUUUGCGUUCUGCUGGCAAUCAUCGCUACAGUCGGCGCCGGCUUUGGUGGGAAUGAACACGUCCACAUACGUGUGCACGUCCCACACCUGAUCAACGAGGUCCACCAUCAGAAGAAGAUCAUCUACCAGGAGCACCACCCCAGCUACGGCGGCGAAUUCUCCAGCCACGGGGGUGGAGGCGGCUUUUCCAGCAGCGGGGGCGGCGGCGGCUACGGCCACAGCAGCAGCGGUGGCGGCUACGGGUUCUCCAGCAGCGGGGGCGGCGGGGGCGGCUACGGCUACUCCAGCAGUGGGGGCGGGGGCGGUUACGGCCACCACCACUAGCCGCCUCCUUCCUUCUCAGUCACCUGCUGAGGCGGCUCACUGAGUACGGCGUGCCGCUACGUCACCAGGUCCGGCAGAGUGGUCGCCUAAAGCGACGAGAGGGGACCUAGAGGGCAGCUUAGGUAACGUGGAAAGGCGUUAGGGUCACUGAAGGCCCCCCCCCCCCCUCCACCCACACUCUUCGUCACCCCGUCCCAAAGACAACCCGUAUUUAUUCCGUCACGUUUCUAAUACCCUAUUCACUCCCGCUGUGUUAAGUUCAACUUUUCUCUCCUGGAAAUCAUGGACACUUUUCGACGUGAGACAGAUUCAUGGUGCUAACAUUUCCAAGAUGUGUUAAUUCGACUGAUUUAUGUGACUUUUGUUAUACAGACUAGAAUUCGUUGUUACAACUUUGUACAUAUCUUGUUGUUAUUUGUUACAAUGUUUGUACUUUAUUCUGUAAUAGUUCAUGCCUUGCGAAUGAAUAACGUUGUUUUUCUGCCUGUCAUUUGUAAAUAAUUUCACUGAACAAAUAAACCAUUAUUUUCACUGUUUA